UCCAGGUAGAGCAUGCUUGGACAGCAACUUGAUUUCAAACCAGCCCAUUGCAGAGAAGCCCACACGAAACAUUGACCUUGGCCACCUCGGCCGAGGCAGUUUGGCCAAAGUGAUGAGGUUGCCGGUCCAGUCAUGCCCACUGUGGAUGACAUUCUGGAGCAGGUUGGGGAGUUCGGCUGGUUCCAGAAGCAAGUCUUCCUGACCCUAUGCCUGCUGUCAGCUGCCUUUGCCCCCCUCUACGUGGGCAUCGUCUUCCUGGCCUUCACCCCGGAUCACCGCUGCCUGAGCCCCGGGGUGGCCGAGCUGAGCCGGAGAUGCGGCUGGAGCCUGGCAGAGGAGCUGAACUACACAGCGCCGGGCCCGGGGGCCGCGGGCGAGGCGUCCCCUCACCAGUGCCGCCGCUACGAGGUGGACUGGAACCAGAGCGCCCUCAGCUGCGCGGACCCCCUGGCCGGCCUGGCGGCCAACAGGAGCCACCUGCCGCUGGGCCCCUGUCGGCACGGCUGGGUGUACGAAACGCCCGGCUCGUCCAUCGUGACCGAGUUCAACCUGGUGUGUGAUGACUCUUGGAAGGUGGACCUCUUUCAGUCCUGCGUGAACGUGGGCUUCUUCCUGGGCUCUCUGGGUGUCGGCUACAUUGCAGACAGGUUUGGCCGCAAGUUCUGUCUCCUGGCCACCACCCUCACCAGCGCCGUCUUGGGCGUCCUCACGGCCGUGGCGCCAGACUACACGUCCCUGCUGCUGUUCCGCCUGCUACAGGGGCUGGUCAGCAAGGGCAGCUGGACGUCCGGUUACAUCCUGAUCACAGAAUUCAUGGGCUUGGGCCACAGGCGAACCGUGGCGAUCCUCUACCAGGCGGCCUUCACGGUGGGGCUCGUGCUGCUCUCGGGAGUGGCCUACGCCAUCCCUCACUGGCGGUGGCUGCAGCUGGCCAUCUCUUUGCCCAUCUUCCUCUUCCUGUUCUACUACUGGUGUGUGCCCGAGUCUCCCCGCUGGCUGCUGUCGCAGAAGAGAAACGCGCAAGUGAUGAAGAUAAUGGGCCACAUCGCCCGCAAGAAUGGGAAGCUGCCACUUGUUGAUCUGAAGAUGCUCUCGCUCGAAGAGGACGUCACCGAGAAGCUGAGCCCCUCCUUUGCAGACCUGUUCCGCACGCCACAGCUGAGGAAACACACCUUUAUUCUGAUGUACCUGUGGUUCACCAGCUCUGUGCUCUACCAGGGCCUCAUCAUGCACGUGGGCGCCACGGGUGCGAACCUCUACCUGGAUUUCUUGUACUCGGCUCUGGUUGAAUUCCCGGCGGCCUUCAUCAUCCUCGUCACCAUUGACCGCUGCGGCCUCAUCCGCCCGUUGGCCCUGUCAAACCUGGUGGCGGGGGCAGCCUGCUUCGCCAUGGUUUUUAUCUCACACGAUCUGCACUGGCUAAACAUCACAGUAGCUUGCAUCGGCCGAAUGGGAAUCACCAUCGUGUUCCAAAUCGUGUGCCUGGUGAACGCCGAGCUGUAUCCCACAUUCGUCAGGAACCUUGGAGUGAUGGUGUGCUCCUCCCUGUGUGAUCUGGGCGGGAUCAUCACCCCCUUCCUGGUCUUCAGGCUGAUGGAGGUUUGGCGAGGCUCGCCCCUCAUUUUGUUUGCGAUAUUGGGCCUGGUUGCCGGGGGGGUGACGCUGCUUCUUCCUGAGACCAAAGGGGUCACUUUGCCAGAGACCAUCGAGGAUGCAGAGAACCUUGGGAGGAUAGCAAAGCCCAAAGAAAACACGAUUUACCUUCAGAUCCAAACAACAGAAGGUGCAGGCACGUGAGAGAGAUGCUUCGCUGAGAUCGAAGAUGGGGUUUGCACCUGAAGAAACGCUUAGAAACCCUUACUUUUCUGUGCUCUUCCUCACUUACCUGCCCCUAAACCAAUAUUCUGAACAAUACCAGAUGUGCCUCGUUUUACUUUAUUUUCUUCCUUUUAAAAAAUCUCCCAAAGCCCUGGCCUCUUUUAUCUACUUUCCUAGCAGGAGCUGUUGGUGGUUACCAGUUACUUAAUUAUCUAAAGUAUUUCGAAGAUCCGAUCGAGUUUAAAUAUGGCUAUAAAAGAGGCCUCUGUAACUGG